UAUAGUGGCGUGGUACCUUUUUGCGAUGUGUAUGUAUCUUCUGUACUUGUCAAACAGACAGUAAGAGGUGCAAAGGGAAUAAUUAUGGAUGGAACUCAUCAAACAAAGGCGAGUGAUUCGCAGUUUAUUUCAUUUCAAGAUUUUCCAUCGAUACAUCAUGAGGGAGAUACUGGUCAGGCACAAUUGAAUAUCAAUACUUCCAGUCAUCAAGGUUUUAAUAACCUCACAAAUGAUCCAACGGGACUUGGUAUUAUCGAAGAUCUUCAGGGAAUGCCCGAUAAAACUGAAGCAUCAACACAGCGCAAUUUUUGGACGAUAGAAUAUUAUCAGAAAUACUUUAACGUGAAUACAAACGAUGUUGUGGAAAGAAUCAAAAGAUCUAUGUUUCCACAUGGCACUGAGAAUUAUUUAAUAUCUCAUAUCAGACCAAAUCCAGAUCUAUAUGGUCCAUUCUGGAUUUGUGUCACGUUAAUAUUUUCUAUAGCCAUUUGUGUAAAUCUGGGUAGUUAUUUGCAAAUGUUUAAAUUGCCUGCAAAUAACGGAGUCAAAUAUCACUGGAAGUAUGAAUUUCAUAUUGUAUCUUAUGCUGCAACUUGUAUAUUUUUGUAUGCGUGGUUAGUACCACUCACAUUAUGGGGUGCACUGAAGUGGACUGCUAGCACAAGAGACACAGAGGAAGAAUUAAUAGAGUCUUACACAUCACCUGGACUUUUGGAACUUUUAUGUGUUUAUGGUUACUCUUUAGCAAUCUAUGUUCCAAUAGCUUUUUUCUGGACAAUACCAAUUGAAUGGCUACAAUGGGGCUUAGUUUUAAUAGGAACUUUUUUAUCUGGUGGAGUAUUAUUGAGAUCUUUGUUGCCUGUAAUAGCAGGAAGAUAUAGGAUAAUAUAUAUUGUGAUAAUUCUUGGAAUGCAUCUUUUGCUGGGUGCUGGAUUUAUAGCUGCUGGAUAUUUCUAUCAGGUGCCAUUAAAGAGCCAUUACGUGAGCCACUAAAAAAUAUUUCGGAAUAAACAAGUCAGACGCAAAGCUUUAUAUAAUUCUACGGGCUAAUGAUAUUUUCGAUCCUGAUGCAUUUUGAAUGCAUUUUAAAACCGAAUUGUCGGGUUUGCUGACAGCUAUACGUAUUCCAGUAAACACAGACUGAUAAGAUCAAGUGGGACGAAUCGCACAUUUCUGUUGAGCGUUAAUUCCGUCUUCAUACAAGUAGAUGUAGUAUUUAUACUAUACCUGUGAACGAAAAAAAUAAAUGAAAAUAACUGAAAUUUGUGACAUUUGAGGCACUAGUGUUUAUUAAAAACAUUUCAUUCGACCCAUAUCAAGUAUAUUCCUGUGUGUCAGGGCAAUAUAGAAGGCCAACAAAGUGUCUGGUUGAUUUAUUUUCACAGCCCCCCUUUUAAUGUAGGGACGCGUUACAUAUCAACGCAACACAUAUCAUUUACAAUCAUACGAACCUCCAUGUUGUACACAGUUAUUGUUAUUAGUACUCGUAAUACAAUAGAUAGUAAUUGUUAUUAGUCGUCGUUAAUACAAUCGUACGUGAUUCCUUAAUAUUUUUUUCUUUUCAUUCGUUUAUGAUUAACCAAUGUGACAAAAGGCAACAUUUAUUUUGUAGUAGUAUCGUUACGUUAUUAUCAUCGAUCUAUCAAUAUAUACCAUGACAGUAGUAAUUUGCUUGCCGUUUAAUGUUAUUACAUAGACAAUGCGACAUUACUGGCGUAUUGACGAAUAAGUUUCCAAUUGAUCACGGAUCGCUUUGCUAAAUUUGUAUUUUUCGUUUUGCCUCGUGAAGGCGAUUCGUUUCGUCUUCACUGGGGGCACAUUUUAUCAAGAAAGAAACGAGUAGUGCGUUUGAAAAGCUAGUUUCGCCCUAAGAAUGUUCAUUUAUUUUUUUUCUCUACUAAACGGUACGUCGCGAUUUCGCGUUUGGACCUAAUUGCAAAGUUAAAAAGGUUUCUCCUUUUUCUUUUUACGACUUUCGGUUCAAAAAGUGUGCCAACACGAUAAUCUCGUAAAAGUCCAUCAAGCGCUUCGCAAGAGAUAACACGACAGUAAAAUUUAGCAAACGUCUCGAGGUCUACGAAGUCUUCCGUUUUGCAAGCCUUGUCGAUGUGAGCGUUGCGUGUACAAAAUACGAAAAAAGUUCGAGCAGAGCUUGACUCCUUUUGUAUCAAAGAGAAGUAAAGCCGUCUCUCGUAGCCUGUAUUCUCGUCCACUUUAGUCCAAUCUUUUUUUUUUUUUUCAAUUUGUUUCAUGCCGAUUAAUGAAAAUCAGAUUCGCGAUAUAAUAACUCGAUGACGAUAGGGGAUACUCAUUGACACGAAUUAGCCCGAUGAUAAUCGAACGUGAAUAUUGGCGCAAAAAGUUAAUGCUGUGUCUCUUAGACGAGUUACCCUCGAGUAUCGAUUCUCUCGUUUCGUUCGAUACUUAGAUCACUGAUAGAAAUGAAACGGUUAGCAGCACACUUUUGUUUGUUAGAACGUAGUAUGAAAUGACGGUAAGAUAUAGGCGCAAAGAUCACGGAAAAGACCGUGCACGGUCAAUGACGUUUUUUUUUUUAAUAUUGUAAAACGAUAAACACUUACUUUUUAUUGUGGAUUAAUUUUUCUUCGCUUGGACAUUUGGUAUCCUCGACAAUACAAGCUACCAGAAUUUCUGUCGAGUGUGUACGUGUGUGUGCGUGUGUGUGUGUAACCCAGUUAAAGCGUUUCGACGACCACGAAACCGUCGGAACGAUAUCUCUACAAUUUACAGCUAGAGCUCACAACGACUUGGUCCAACGUGUUUUACAAGAUAAUUACAGUCAAAGAUUGCGAAUAGGCAGGAGCAAUAAUAACGAGUAAUAAAUCUACGACAGUCUACUUAGUUACUUGUUUUCUUUUCUCUUUCUUUCUCUUUUUUUUCUCAUCGAGGUGUUUACACGCAAACGCUACUUCGUCUCGCUUUUUUUUCCCAUUUUCUUUCAAUCGAGUCUUGCGAUUCUCAACGCGUUCGUACUGAACGUCGCAGCGUGUCGAACGAAUUGAGAAACGGUUCCGUAUAAUAGUUCUUAUUACUGUUAUUUACAAUAAGAUGUGUCGCUGGGCAUGUCUAUCGUUAAUUACUAAUAUUAAUAUUAUCAUAUAUAAUGUACAAUUUUCCUCUUUCUAUUUUCGUAAGUGCAAACACGCAUUACUAUUACAGAGACAUACGGGAGCUUCGGGGCACUCCUUUUAAAUAAUUACACAUAGAUAAUAGUAAUGUUUACCCUGGUUUUAUCAAUUAUUACAAGUAUUACGCAUGGUAUAAUAUAUCUGUAUGCAUAUAUAUUUCAUAUAUAUAUAUACACACACACAUAUAUAUAUAACAAUGCUCAUAAAUGUACUCUUUAUACAAUCGUUGACUAUUAUCCUCUACCAUGUUACGCAGUAUUGCAAUAAUUUCAGGUUGAUUAUUCAGUCGCAUGCUUAGAUAGUACGAAAUCCAUUUUUUACUUUUCUUUUUUAUGCUGAACUCGUUUGCUUCUUCGAAUGUUCUAUUCGCGAUAAACGGAACGUUAGACGACACUGUACGUCGAACAAAUUUAACUGAAAA